AUGUCGUCCAUCAUCAAGUCCCUCUCUGACGUCUUCACCUCGCUUCUUGAGCUUGUGUGGUCAUUCUUCACCACCGCCGGUGAUCUGGUUCAGAAGACCGCAUCUUUCGCCCUCAAGUUCGUCUCGGAGAUCAUCGACCUGUUCGUCAACUUCUGCAAAGGUCUUGUUGAUCUUGCUGGCGGAGUUGUUGGUUUCGUACUCGGCAACAUUCUCAUGCUUGGUGUCCUAGCCGCGAUUGUGUUUGGCUUCUUGCAGUACCAGCGCAACCAGGGCAACACUGUUAGGGUCGGCAACAAGAAGCUCAAUUAG